UUUUUCUGCUGAACAUCCAUCAGAAGAAGCUGCAUCUCUCGCUUUUCUUUGACGUAAUAUUUUGGGGUUUAAUAAAAACUCGAAGAAAAGUCACGCGGCAUUAUACCAGCUAGUUGUUCAACUUGACAAGGAUGAUGGUGGCUCACCCUCGCCCCCUGUUGGUGAUAUUGCUGCAGCUGCUCCUCUCCUGCUUGCCCGCCCUCGGAUACUCCUCCAACAGAUUCUUCUACCAAGACAUUCUCAACAGAAACGGCAAUGGAGAGAUCCACUUUAACGGUGUAAAGCUCCAUGUGGACUCCUCCCAGCCCUCUGUGUUCGCUUUGCGAGGGAGUAACGCAACCCUAUCCUGCCGAUACUGGUACGAGCCAGAAUUGAGCUCCCCCAGGAGGGUGCGGGUGAAGUGGUCCUGGCUGCCCAUUGUGGGGGGCCAUGAGACAGACGUUCUAGUGGCCAUCGGGCCCCGCAUUCACAGCUUUGGGGAUUUCAGGGACCGGGUGCAUCUCAGACAGGACUCACCAGGAGAUGCUUCGCUGGUCAUGACUGAACUCCAGCUCAAUGACACGGGUCGUUACCGCUGUGAGGUCAUCGACGGGCUGGAGGACAAGAGCGCCACUGUUAACCUCGAGCUACGAGGUGUGGUGUUUCCCUACCAGCCUCCUCACGGGCGCUACAAUCUGACCUACCAUGAUGCUCAGCAAGUCUGCCAGGAGCAGGACUCCACUCUGGCCACUUUCGAGCAGUUGUUCCAGGCCUGGGAGGAGGGGCUGGACUGGUGCAACGCGGGCUGGCUGGCUGACGGGACAGUGCAGUACCCAAUCACCAAGUCCCGGAGCCCCUGUGGGGGGCUGGGCCUCGCCCCCGGGGUUAGGAGCUACGGUAGACGCCACCGCCACCUCCACCGCUACGACGCCUUCUGUUUCUCCUCCUCCCUCCGAGGUAAGGUCUACUACCUCCAGCUCCCCCAGAAGGUCAACCUCACUGAGGCCCAGCAGGCGUGCUUCAACGACGGGGCCCAGAUUGCCAAGGUGGGCCAGCUCUACGCCGCCUGGAAGUUCAUGGGCCUGGACCGCUGUGAUGCCGGAUGGCUUGCUGACGGGAGCCUGCGCUACCCCAUCAACAACCCCCGCCGCAACUGUGGCCCCAUGGAACCAGGGGUGCGCAGCUUUGGGUUUGCCCCACCGCACCGCAAGCACGGAGUGUACUGCUACAGUGCAGUUGUGGUGUUUCCCUACCAGCCUCCUCACGGGCGCUACAAUCUGACCUACCAUGAUGCUCAGCAAGUCUGCCAGGAGCAGGACUCCACUCUGGCCACCUUCGAGCAGUUGUUCCAGGCCUGGGAGGAGGGUCUGAACUGGUGCAACGCAGGCUGGCUGGCUGACGGGACAGUGCAGUACCCCAUCACCAAGCCCCGAAGGCCCUGUGGGGACUGGGCCUCUCCCCGGGGUUAG